AAACAGUAUACUCACUUUUUCACUUUUUUCUGUGCAUUUUUUUCGAAUCCGUUCUUUAUGAACGUCACUGGCCGCGUGUUUUCUCACAUUCUGUUCUCAAACCUAAAAUUCUUUCGUGGCAAAACAAGUUUCUGGAUCGAUAUUGUAUACAAAUAAAAAAAAACAUGGAUAAAUUGAAUAAAGUUAAAUUAAAUUUCAUAACCAACAUCGAUACAUCCAAACCGGAAAAUUGUGAAAAUUUAGUCUAUUGGCCUGGAUCACAACCGCCACCAAAUCCUGAAUUUACAUUUGAAAAAUUUCAAGAUCAAACCAAAUUAUUGGCAAAAGAUACAAUUUCAUUCGAAUCAUUCAAUGAUCCUAGUAAUGAUGAUUUUAAUUAUUUUGUUGCCACGAUUGAUCCGAAUAAUCCCGGACGUUUAACUUGUAAACCAGCUAAACUAUAUCGAAUGUUACCAAAUUAUGGUUUUAAAGAUUUACACGAUGCUCAAAAUGAUGAUGAAAGUGUUCGUCUCACUAAACGUGAACAAAUGGAUGAAUUGAAAGGAAAAUUUGGUUCGAAAAAAUCUCUAAGAGAUUUAACAAGCAAACGAAAAUAUGAAAUUCAUUUUGGUGAUGGUGAUGCAGAAAAUUUGCCCACUUUGAACAACAAUAUUUUGUCCAAUAAUGAUGAUGAUGAUGAUGGUGAAAAAAUUGACAAAAAUGAAACCAAUGAAGUGGCAACACCACAAUCGUCAACAUCGACAAUAAUUCCGGAACGAAAUGCAAAUGCCAAAAAUGUAUCUGAAGUCUAUAAAUUAAAUGAUAUUAUAACCGAAACAGAAGAACAAUCAAUAAUGGAAUUUGAACGUGAAUUAUUCGAAACAAUCAAAAAUGAUUACAUUAAAGAAUUAAGUACAAAAUUUAAUGAUAAAAAACAUCGUAUGAUGGCCAUCUAUGCUGAUGUAUUAUUACAAUUACUAUCGUUAUCAGCAUUUCAAAUGCGUAAAGCUGAUCCAUUACCAUUGAUGGUUGGUGAUAUUAAGAAACAUAUAUUUGAUCGUUAUACAUCAACAAAAAAUGUAUCAACUAGACAGCAACAAUAUGUAUUGACCGAUCAGAAUAAAGAUCGUAUAUUGAUCCAUGUAUUCAUAUUGAUCAUCAUGUUGAAUAAUUAUCGUCCAAUUAAUUUGGAUAAAAUACAAAAACAUUGUUCAGUUAAAAUGACACAUUUGCGUAGGAUUUUCGAAUUGAUUGGUUGUUAUAUUGAAAAUUCACGUCUAUUAACCGGAUUGUUCCAAAAAGUUGCCUGUUUUCGUUUGCCAUUAAAUGUUUAUAAAGAACCACGAAAAUUGAAACGAAUUAAGAUGAAUUAAUUUUGUGAAUAAAAUUCCAAUGUUUUAAUUAAAA